AUGACUGGGCGCGCUAAUGACGGGGCGACACCAACGGGUGUGAUUUUGCUUCUGGAGGAACCCUUGACCUCCAUCCUUACAUCGAGGUUCCUCAUCGAUCUGCAGAAUGCUCAGCGCAAGCUUGCGGGCUCUUCUCGAUCAGUCUCACUCGGGGAAGUUGCAUUCCAGCCGCAGAUAUCUGGGAACACCAGCCACUUCAUUGGUUCUUUGGGAGCCCAGCUCUCCUUUCACCAAGUCGACGAAGGAUAUAACGAGGCGGAAGAUGCAUCGUAG